CGAAGACGAGAAAAAAGAAGUUUCGUCUUUCAAAUAGGUUUCGUUCAGUCAGUCGACACUCGCCAGCGUGCUACCCUGACUCAGUGACUCGCCCAUCUCCGGCGCCGACCCUGUCGUGCUGACGCCGUCUAUUUUCGCCGUUUGUUUUAUACGUUUUAUAGAGCUAUGGAUGAUAGUUUGUAUGACGAGUUCGGUAACUAUAUCGGACCUGAAAUUGAGUCUGAUCAAGAGAGUGACAGAGAUGAGGAAGAGGAGGAACUCCCUGGUAGGACUGAUGAUGACGAGCCUAUGUCUGAAAAUGAGCACGGCCCUGGAAAAUCGAACGGGUGGCUUACAACAAACGAGGAUGUUGACAUGGACGGUCAAAUCGUCCUGGCAGAGGACAAAAAAUACUACCCGACUGCCGAGGAGGUUUAUGGUGAAGAAGUUGAAACCCUAGUUAUGGAUGAAGAUGAGCAGUCACUCGAACAACCAAUCAUUAAGCCUGUGAGAAACCUCAAGUUUGAGGUGGGUGUAAAGGAUUCAUCGACCUAUGUAUCAACAGAAUUCCUUUUGGGUCUUAUGUCGAACCCUAAGUUGGUCAGGAAUGUUGCUUUGGUGGGUAACUUGCAACAUGGAAAGACGACAUUCAUGGACAUGUUGGUCGAGCAGACUCAUCACAUUUCGACGUUUGAUCAGCACAGCGAAAAGCAUAUGAGGUACACUGACACGAGGGUCGAUGAACAGGAGAGGAAGAUAUCGAUUAAGGCAGUUCCUAUGUCACUUGUUCUCGAGGAUAGCAAUUCGAAGUCGUAUCUUUGCAACAUUAUGGAUACGCCUGGUCAUGUUAACUUCUCUGAUGAGAUGACUGCUGCUCUUAGGCUUGCUGAUGGUGCAGUGUUGAUUGUAGAUGCUGCAGAAGGAGUGAUGGUAAACACAGAGCGGGCUAUACGCCAUGCAAUCCAGGAACGCCUCCCCAUAGUUGUUGUAAUAAACAAGGUUGACAGAUUGAUAACUGAGCUGAAGUUGCCCCCAAAGGACGCCUACCAUAAGCUAAGGCACACAAUUGAAGUCAUCAACAACCACAUAACAGCUGCAUCUUCAACUGCUGGAAACGUUCAAGUUGUUGAUCCUGCUCUUGGAAAUGUUUGUUUUGCAAGUGGCAGUGCAGGAUGGGCCUUCACCUUGCAUUCAUUCGCUAAGCUUUAUGUUAAGCUCCAUGGUAUUCCGUUUGAUGCUAGUAAGUUUGCUUCUCGCCUUUGGGGUGAUUACUACUAUGAUCCUAACACCAGAAGUUUCAAGAAGAAACAACCUCCCAGUGGAGCAGAACGGUCCUUUGUCCAGUUUGUGCUCGAGCCUCUUUAUAAAAUAUACAGCCAAGUAAUUGGAGAACACAAGAAGAGCGUGGAGGCUACACUUGGUGAACUUGGCGUGACUUUGAGUAACGCAGCUUAUCGUUUGAAUGUCAGGCCUCUGUUAAGAUUGGCAUGCAGCUCAGUUUUCGGUAGUUCAACAGGCUUUACAGACAUGCUGGUUCAACACAUCCCAUCUGCUAAAGAUGCUGCACAGCGGAAGGUUGAGCACAUUUACACUGGGCCAAAGGAUUCCGCGAUUUACAAGGCUAUGGAGGAUUGUGACGCAUCAGGUCCUGUAAUGGUUAAUAUAACAAAACUGUAUCCGAAAGCUGACUGUAGCGUAUUUGAUGCCUUUGGCAGAGUUUACAGUGGGGAAAUAAUGGCAGGACAGGCUGUACGUGUUUUAGGGGAGGGAUAUUCUCCGGAUGACGAGGAAGACAUGACAGUGAAAGAAGUGUCGAAAUUAUGGGUCUAUCAAGCUCGUUAUAGGAUUCCCAUUACCAAGGCCCCACCUGGUUCGUGGGUUCUCAUUGAAGGUGUGGAUGCCUCUAUCAUGAAGACUGCAACAAUCUGCAACUUAGAAUACGAUGAGGAUGUCCACAUAUUCAGGCCACUCCAGUUCAACACUCUUCCUGUGGUGAAAACUGCCACCGAGCCUUUGAAUCCGAGCGAGCUGCCAAAAAUGGUGGAGGGUCUUAGGAAGAUCAGCAAGAGUUAUCCAUUAGCUAUUACGAAGGUUGAGGAAUCAGGUGAACAUACUAUUUUAGGUACUGGAGAAUUGUACUUGGAUUCGAUAAUGAAGGACCUCAGGGAGCUUUACUCAGAAGUGGAAGUCAAGGUGGCAGAUCCUGUUGUCUCAUUCUGUGAAACAGUCGUGGAGUCCUCUUCAAUGAAAUGUUUUGCUGAAACUCCAAACAAGAAAAAUAAAAUUACAAUGAUUGCGGAGCCACUGGAGAGAGGACUUGCUGAGGAUAUCGAGAAUGGUAUUGUAAGCAUUGACUGGCCAAGGAAGAAGCUUGGUGACUUUUUUCAGACAAAAUAUGACUGGGAUCUGCUUGCUGCAAGGUCUAUUUGGGCAUUUGGUCCUGAUAAGCAGGGUCCUAAUAUAUUAUUAGAUGAUACACUAUCAAGUGAAGUUGAUAAGAGCUUGCUUAACGCUUGUAAAGACUCUAUUGUUCAAGGGUUUCAGUGGGGGGCUCGUGAAGGCCCACUCUGUGACGAGCCAAUCAGAAAUGUGAAGUUCAAGAUAGUUGAUGCCAAAAUUGCUCCUGAGCCAUUGAAUCGUGGUACUGGUCAGAUCAUUCCUACUGCUCGACGAGUGGCCUAUUCAGCUUUCCUCAUGGCAACACCUAGACUCAUGGAGCCAGUUUACUACGUGGAGAUACAAACUCCAAUAGACUGUGUUUCUGCAAUAUACACGGUUCUAUCACGUAGACGUGGUCACGUCACUGCAGAUGUUCCUCAACCAGGGACUCCAGCUUACAUCGUCAAGGCAUUUUUACCUGUGAUAGAGUCCUUUGGUUUCGAAACGGACCUGAGGUAUCACACUCAGGGGCAGGCGUUCUGCUUAUCAGCAUUCGAUCAUUGGGCUAUUGUCCCUGGAGAUCCUCUGGAUAAAAGUAUAGUUCUACGCCCAUUGGAGCCAGCUCCAAUCCAGCAUUUGGCUCGUGAAUUUAUGGUCAAGACUAGGCGUCGCAAGGGGAUGUCUGAGGAUGUGAGCAUUAAUAAGUUCUUCGACGAGGCUAUGGUUGUCGAACUAGCUCAGCAGGCUGCUGACAUUCAUCUGCAGAUGAUGUGAACAUGGUUUACUUUGCGUUGUAAACAUACAUUGGAGCAGGUCAAAUUUGUAGAGAUUCGGGAACUUGUGUUGUCCAUGUAAUAUCCUGGUAGUUUUUAGACCAGUCUUGUAUUUGUUUUCUUGCCUAUGUUGUAGUAAGAGAUUACGAAUUAUUGUUAGUUUUUUAGAGGCCCAAGCUUACGGUUUUGUAUAACGGUGUAACGGGAGAUUCUCUUGCCAGAUCCUACUGUCACAAAGGAUAUUUUAACAAGGUAGCAAGUGAGGUUAGCCCUAAAUUUUCGGGGAAUCUACAACAUGUGAUUUUAGGAUUUCGAUUAAUAUACCCGUUUUUUUUUU